AUGGUACCCGCCAGAGAAGUCAGCAGCACACAGCUAGGAGGACCGUCAGAAAGGAGAGCGUCACAGAGAGCUGGUCCCAGCCAAGGAACGCCGCCCCUGCAGCCUGCCCCAUGCCUGCACACUUGCGCCGCCCUUGAGGGCUGGCGCUGCCACCUCCACCUAGCAUGCCAAGAGGACCAACCUGUGCCUGCAGGAGGGGCAAAGCGGCGCGUGGAUGAGUUAAGGCAGGGCGGUCAGGCACCAGCCCCCCGCCCGCACCCCGGCCCCCUUCCAGCGCGGGGCGGCGGAGACCACGAGGCGGAGGGCGGUGUCAGGCCGGAGGAGGAGGAGCCUGGGGGUGGUGGGCGGGGCCUCGGCGGCGGCGGCGGCGGCGGAAGAGAACGGGCGAGGCCGAGAGAGGGGCGGGUGGCGGCGGCGCUGGCGUCGAGGGGGCUCCGGCGAGGAGGAGGAGGCCGCCGCCGCCAAAGGGGGUCCCUGCGGCCCCCGCCCCCUUCCCACUGGAACUCCACCGGGCGGGCGGGCGGGCCGGCGGGCUCUGGGGGCACCCAGGAGGACCGUGCAAUGUGGGUGCUGCCCAGCCCUCUCUCUGGGCAGGUGGCCCCCGGGAUGCCCACAGCCUGGCCCGGAGCGCUUGGCCUUUGGCGUUUGGCCGUCUUCCUUUCCUACCUGGUCGCUCCAGUUGGGGCUUCGGAGAACUUUGACCUGCAGUGUUACACCGAUUUCGCCACAGAGGUGGUCUGUCACUGGGAUGCAGAGGGUGCUACCGACUGCGCUAAGACGUUCCGGGUGAAUGUUUACAACAAUGCCAAACUCCGGCCAAAGUGUGUUCCCGAGAACAGGAGAAUCCCAGAGUUUGCCUCCCCCAGAUGUUUUUGCAGAAUGAAUGGGAUGAAAGAGACUGAUUUCGGCGGGACCGAGUUCACUUUGUCACUGGGGGCUGGGACAAAAAAAUCCAAGAACACGACGGUUAAACUUGACAACAUCGCAGUGAAGCCUCGGCCGCCUAUAAACCUCACAGUGACCAAGAGCAGCAAGCGUUCGUUUGUCCUGAACUGGACCAAGGACUACGGCCCAGACAGUCAUAUUCGAAACAUUAAAGUAUUACAUCAAGUCCGGAUUUCAUCCGAAGGGUCAGAGCAACCGGAACUGAGAAAUAUUACAGAGCAAGCAGAACACUGUGAAAUUUUUGCUCAGUCCCUGUUGCCAGGAGAGAACUACACCGUGUGGGUGCGGUAUAGAUUGGCAGACUGGGGGGGCUUCUGGAGCGAGUGGAGCAGCCCGGUCACGUUGAUCAACAAUUUCAAGCCGGAAUCUGGAGACACCCUCUGGCGGCUGAUUCUCUUGAUCUGCUUCCUGGUGCUGGUGCUGGUUCCAGCCUCUUUCUUCUGCUGGAUCAGGCUGAAGCGAGAGUUGUGGGACCAGGUUCCCAGCCCCGCCAAGAGCAAGGUGGCCAAGGACUUUGGGAAGAAGCCGUGUCUGGUUGUGUGGCCGAUGCUCCAGGGGGCCCAAGGAAAGGUGCCAUUCUGGGCCGCAUCAGAGAAUCUCUUGGGAAACCAGCGAGGCUUCACGGGUUCUCUGCUUCAAGAUGGGGCCACGUGUUCUGGCCGGCUGGACAAGGCAGUCGUGAGAGUCCCCACAUGCCUCAUUCCUGAAGCCCCUCCCGUUGAGUCACCUCUUACCAUCUGCACCCCCGAAGCAGCCUCAGGCCCUGGAGCCCAGACGGAGGACGAGGAAGACCACAUCCCUCGCCAUGAUGCCUUAACAGACCUCUUUCUGGAUAUCCUGGGGAGUGGGGGCAGCGCAGAAGGCGCUGAAGCCCCCGACUCGGCCCUGGGAGAGUCCCCUCCAGACAGCGCUCCAAAACUGGAGCUCGAAGAUCUUUGCUUGUUUGGUGGGACACCCCAAAAGAAUCCCAGUGGUUCGUGCACAUCUGGCUACCAGAACUCUGUUGUUUCCGCCUCUUCCCGGGCAGCAAGCCCGGCCCUCGAGCAACCACGAGGCGGAGGCCAAUCCUUUUCUCCAACGCAGUACAAAUCGCUGGUUUUUCCUCACCAGCUUUCCAGCACCCCCUACCCUGCGGUUGUCACAGACCGAAAGAGCCCCCAGGCCCCAACCUCCCAGCCACCCUGCUACAAGAGCUUUAGCAGCCUCGUGGGUCUGCCCACAGCCAGCGUCCACCCUCCGUGGAAACAUCAGCUAGACUUUCCUGGAGUUGACCAAGCCCAGGUGCUCACCAGGUGGCCUCCCUCCUGUGUAGAAGGACUGUUUUCCCCUCCCCAGCAAGAAGCCCCCUCCCAGAACGCUCCGGACAUUCCCUGCUUGGCUGGCUACCGGCCCUUUAAAGUGGGUCUUCUGCCCAGCACGGUCUCCCAGGAUCCUGGCUGUCUUAGCUCGGGCUCCCCCCAGGACCCCCACCAGGGGGCAUUCCAGGGCAUUCCAGACCCCAUCCUGAGGACAUGGGAGGCAGAGACAGGGACAUGGCCAGGUGCAUCUUGGGAAGAGCCCCUGGCCUUUGACCUCAGCCCGUGCACGGAGGAAGAGGAGCAGGAUUCUUGCCAGGGGGGUUUCAGGCAGGGGACAGAGGGCUUCCUGCCCCGGUUGCCUGUUGCGCCUUUCUGACUGGAGCAGUGGCAGAGCGGGGGGGGGGGGGCGGCAUAUUCAAUGGAAGAGGCAUGAUCUGUCCCCGGGAGGGCAGGACGAGGCUGGGGGUGGGGGAUGUACCAGCCAACCCAUUACUUCCUUGGCAUUUAAUGGGGCAGCUGGCUGGCCCAGUGGCUGGCGGUCUCAGCUAGCCACUAGUUUUUCCUCUUGUACCCAAUUCACAGGCUGCUUUGGGUUCUGUGAGUCUUUUAGGAAAGGGGCCCAGUGGGAACAGAAUACAGCCUGCCCCUUUGCCCCACCUGCUGGGGCCUGUCGCCAUACGUGAGCCUCUUCCAUUCUGCCCCCGGGUCCCUGUGCCUCUUGCUUCAUGGGCAGCUGUCAUUACCAACGAGCCAGGGGUCCUGAUCCAGCGGCUGGCUGCCUGUCGUGGUCAGUGCUUGGACUUCCGCCUGCUCAGCCGCAGGCAGAACUCAAGAGCUGAUCUUUUCCGCCUCCGGGUCAGGCGGCAGGAACUCUGCAAGGGCUUCCCGCUGGGACAGAAAAGGGGAGGGGGGGGGGUCAGUUCAU